AUGCACCAUAUGGGGAUGGAUAUGGACCACGGCCAUGACCACGGUGACAUGGAUAUGGGACAGUGUAGUAUGAAUAUGCUUUUCACCUGGUCUACAAAGAACCUUUGCAUCGUCUUUCCACAGUGGCGUGUCACAGGCACUUUAUCACUUCUCAUCUCUAUUUUACUCAUCGUGCUGUUGACCGCCGGCUAUGAGGGCGUCCGCCAACUUACACGGCGUUUCGAGGUGGCUCAUGCGAAGAGGCUCAGCGCAUAUACAACCGCCGCAGUCGGAGGCAGCGAAAUCCACGACGAUUCUGUGCCGGCCAAUGACCCUCCCAGCCUGGCACUACCUGUCCCGAACGCUGGCUCACACCUCGUUGUAGGCAGGGAUAGCAGAAGGUCCGUCGAGCAGAGAGGAAAGAUUACCAUGGCGGCAUUAUAUGCUGUGCAGGUGUUUUAUAGCUUUUUCAUUAUGUUGCUCUUCAUGACCUAUAAUGGCUUCGUUAUGCUGGCGGUCGCUAUCGGCGCCUUUGUGGGCUAUCUGGCUUUCGGGGACGAUACUUCCGCUAGCAAAACAGUUGCUUGUCAUUAG